CUAUUGGGUGAACUGUCUGUUGGUUCAUAUAACCCAACCGAAAUGGCCUCCCAAGUUGUUGGGAUAGACUUACAACAUUAUUAUGUGAGACUAAAAUCUAUAAGUAAUAUAAUAAUAAUCAAAGCACUUAUUAUUAGCGUUCUUAUGCAAAGGUAUCGCAACGCUUUACAUAAUGUAUUAUAAUGAUUGUGGUAAUUACAUUUUAUAGUGCGGCCACGAUAACUUGGAUGUGUUCCAAAAAAUAAGUAAAUAUCUUCUCUACGAGAUGGGAAAAUCUCGAAUUUUUGCACUUUUUAAGUGUUUUUUUUAACCAUCAGAUUGGGAGACUGCAGUGGAAAAUUCCAAUGCCAUCACACAGCGUGCCAAACAAAGCGCGCGACGCGCUUUGCCGCCGACUAGCUGGUGUUAAAAAUAAAAGCAAAGCCGUACGUAUAAUGUACUUGUGUAGCACUAGUAGAAUGGAGGCGGUCAUGGUGGACAAGUCAGUUGGUGAGUUACUAGAAUCAUGGGGAGUAGGACAUCUGUUGAAUGUUUUUGAAGAGAAUCAGAUAGACAAAGCAGCUUUGGAGUUGCUUGACGAGGCAUCAAUACAAGAACUGAUACCAAAGAUUGGCACCCGACUCAAAUUUCUAAGAGGUUGGAGAUCGGAAUUGAGAAGAAUAAUUUAGCACUUCUAGUUCUGCCGGUACUACUUGGAGGAAGGGCUAAAGGCAAGUCUGGUGGACGGUGUGCUUUAGCA